AUGAGAACAACUUUAGUUUACAACUUCCAAGUUCACGCUGAAGUAAACCAAGUGGAAAAAAACAACAACAACAUUGGAAAUGCAGUUGGAGAUCUGAAAAGGUAUCAAAUCAUGAUAAACAGCGUAGCUUUCCUAUCUGAAUAUGUUGAAAUAUUAACCUAUGAAGAAACUCCCAAUGAUUCCGAUAAGCUUCUGGACUUUUCUGAUUAUCUUCCAGUUAAGAAAAAUGAUUCUGAUAUUGAAAUCAACGCCUCUUCUGGAAACAGCUCUUAUUCUUCAUAUCCGUUGGAAACUGAUGUGGGAACGUUAUGGGUAGCUGGGAUAUCGUCUCUCUUGUCCUUAUUAAUCUUAGCCACGAUUCUUGGAAACGUGUUUGUGAUUGCUGCAAUCUUGAUGGAGAAAAACCUCAAGACGGUCGGUAACUAUCUGGUGUUGUCAUUAGCCAUGACGGACCUAAUGGUUGCCUGUUUGGUGAUGCCAUUGGGAGCUGUGUACGAGGUUAGCCAAAAAUGGAUUUUAGGACCACUGUUGUGUGACGUAUGGACUUCUUGUGACGUCCUGUGUUGUACUGCCUCCAUAUUGCAUCUUUUAGCCAUUGCUACUGACCGCUACUGGGCUGUGACAAACGUAGACUACGUUCACCAAAGAAGCGUUCGACAUAUUGGACUGAUGAUUCUUCUCGUUUGGACAGUAGCAUUGUUAGUUUCCAUUGCACCCUUUUUUGGCUGGAAGGAUCCUGAGUUUGAGGAACGGAUCCACAAUGAACGAGAGUGUUUGGUUAACCAAGACUUAUCGUAUCAAAUAUUCGCCACUUUUUCGUCGUUCUUUCUUCCACUUCUGAUUGUGCUGGUUCUUUAUUGGCGAAUCUACAAAGAGGCGAGGAAAAGAAUCCGUCGCAAACCCGGAAAUUCUAGCUAUCGUGCUUUCCAGAGACUACCUGUUCCACCCGCAGCGACAUCUACGGUAGAAAUAACAACCACGUUCACAACGGGUUCUUCUAGCAAUACUAGUUCGAGUGCAACGGCAUAUUCGUUGGGAAGCGAUUCUCAGAAAAAAGCGACACCUUCUGAAGAAUCUAGUAAACCUUUUCUACUUUCUAAGAGAAAGCGAAAAAAGACGACCAAGGAAAGCGCCGAAUCCAAGCGGGAAAGAAAAGCGGCAAAAACAUUAGCGAUUAUUACAGGAAUUUUCGUCGCCUGUUGGUUACCCUUUUUUAUCGUCGCUUUGAUGAUGCCUAUGUGUAGCGAGUGCGAUCCGGGCCCUUAUGUUUUUAGUGUCUUCUUGUGGCUUGGAUACGCUAAUUCCAUGUUGAAUCCCAUCAUCUACACGGUUUUCAGCCCAGACUUUCGGUGCGCCUUUAAACGAAUGGUCAGGAGAAUUUCUAGGUAA